GUUCAAGCUACUCGACAAGUUGUCGCUUUCAAAGUAUCACUCAUCACCGGGAAGAAAAGGCAGAAGCAUUAGCUACUCGUAUAUGUGACGCUUUUUCUCCGAGUGGAUAUUUCUUUCGGUUGCUGGAGGAGACUAUUUAUCUUUCUUGAGACGGGGCUGUAUUUGAAAAGACAUGAAAAUUCGAUGGUGUCUGUUCCUAGUCACGUUAAUUUCUAUAACAGAAUGUACAAGCGUUAAGGAAGAACAGUCACACAAAUUGACAAAACGCCAAGCCCCACCAAGAAAUGCCGGCACGAGGAGUUUCCCUUUAUCCAGGAGCAGACAGUAUCCACCUCCUGAGGAGUUAGAAGUUUCUGAAGAAUAUUCAACGAGUGAGGAAGAAGAAGAGCAGAAAAAUCCGAUUUCGCCAUUUAGAGGUAGACAACCUCAGCAUCCUCCGUCUGAGGAAGAAUACACAGACGACUAUUCAUACACAGAAGCCCCGAAAGCGACAACUCCAGCACAGCAAAAACCGACUGCGCGGACGGUAAUUUUUAAUAACAGGUUCGCUGCUCGACCAAAAUUUGGCUCCCAGAGUUCCUCCACCACUUCAACUACCAGCAAGCCGCCGUCCAGUCCGUCAACUUCUCGGUCACGUUUCCGAGCCGCCACGCCUGCGCAGAGUCAGCGAUUCGAUGUCGUGGCCAACAUUCUAAAUAAGACGCCCGCGCCCCGGACGCCCGAAAGGAGCAUCGACAUCUCCAAGACGGCCAAUGACGCCCCGAAGGCGUCAGAUGAGACCCCACUCAGGAGAAACUCCAAUCCCCGAGUACGUACUAGGGGGCGACCGCGAACUAGGUCAACUACAACCACCACGACUACAACGACUACCACAACCCAGCCUCCUCCACCAGAGGAAUACUACUAUUACUAUGAAGACGAAGAAGAAGCGGCAAGACAGCCCGUGAUCACAACCACCUCCACCACAACGACAACGGCACGACCUACCUUUUCCAGAAGGCCUUCCAACAGGCGUCCUUCGACCUUCAGGAGCCAGAAACCGGUCAUCAAAUUCGACCCAGAAUCUCAGUUUGCUCCUCCACCGGAGGAUGUCGUAGACAUACUGGUAGAGUCUUCAACCACCAGGAAAUUCACCACAAGCACCACUUUACCACCAGAGGGUGGAAUCCCCGGACACUUACGAAACAAGUACAGGCCGAGAACAGACGGGAGAUUCAUCGAUUUCCUGCGAGAUCCAAAUCGACCGAGGGAGCUGAAAGGAUUCGAUUUGACUGAUUACCCGUUCUACGUUAAAGUUCCUGAGGAUAUUGACUUCGAAUGCGAAGAUAAAAAAGAUGGAUAUUACGCAAGUGUGCCUCAUAAAUGCCAGCUUUUCCAUUACUGUUUUGCUGGAGCACGAUAUGAUUUCUUAUGUGCCAACUACACUCUUUACGAUCAGACAACAUUCACUUGUCGAUUCGCCAACAACGUUGAUUGCGAGAGUUCUGCUAAAUACUACUACAGAAACGACGAUUUGUGGAAAGAAACGACUACACCUGCCCCUGAGACCACCACCAAAAAGAAAAGAACAACUCCUAAAGACGAGGACUAUGAAGACGAAUAUGAAUAUGAUGAAUACGAUGAGGAAGAGGAAGAAAGAAGACGACGACCCAUGAAGAGAAGACGUAACAGGCGAAAGAACAGAAGGAGGCCUGCUGAGGAAUAAAAAUAGUUCUGUGGUGAUAAUUGGGACUUAACAACCCCUGUUCAAAAGUUGAUAUGAAAUUAUCAACAGUUGAAUGCAUGUCAUUGUCACUUCAUUUCAAUUAAAGUUGAAAUUCGAAUCUUUGAAAUGAAAUGACAUUGGUUGCUUUAGAAAAAGGAUAUGCUUAUGAAACUUCGAAGCGAAAAAGAAUUGUUGCCAAACGACGAAUUUUCAUCAAGUUAUGAUGAUUUUUUGUAAAUACAAUUUAGGGUUAGCAGAAAUAACAGGCGUAACGCGGAAAACGUGUUACACACUUUAAUUUAAGUUUAAAAUAUCGUCCUGAGAUCAGGGUCUUUAAAAAUGUGAUUGAAACUUUGAUAUUUCCCAGCAGUUUUGGUUUUUUCUUUAAUUAGAUCAAUCUCUUUCAUCUUUGAAACAUAAAAGAAUAAUGAGUAUCCAUAGACAUAGCACUCACUGCUACUUAUAACAGUGCCUUGAAAAAGAAGUAUGUCCAGUUUAAAUGUGAUAAAUUAUGUUUCAUACUUGUUUGUAAGGAAUUAUUGUGAUAAAUUUAGUUUCAUGGCAAAGUUACGGCAGCGUGGUCGUAGUACGAUGGAUCGGCGAGUUUUGAAAUCUUUCACAAAAAUCAAAGUUACCUUAUAAUGUAAAAGUUCCGUCAAAUAAAUGAAUUAGACAAGCAAAAACUAUUACAAGGUCAAUUAAAAAUUUAAAACAUUCCUUCAAAUAAAUAAAUAAGCCAAUAAAUAACAUUAAAACUUGAAAAUAAUCCACCAAAUAAAUUAAACAGAAUUAGAAGAUCCAUUAUUAGUUGUCGAUAUUGCCAAGUGACCACGAUAUCGUAACCCAGUCGGUUUUACUUAUGUAAAAUCUACUUUCACAAAAAUAUUAAAAUUUCAAGAUUAAAGACAUCUUUUUUGUUCUCUUUUCCUCCCUCUUUUUAUGCAUUUUUUCUCCUAUACAUCAUUAUCUUCUUUUAGGCUUGACGAUUGUUAAAUAAGAGCUUGUAAUUUCUCAAUCCUUUUAAAUACAUGUAAAUCUCUGAAAAUUAUUCCAUUGUUAUUGAUCUCUAUUUUCCAAAUCAUUGCAUAAUAUGUUGAUUUCUUACAUUGUAUCCCGUAGGAUGUUAUUACAUGUACCUGUUGGCAAAUAAAGUGAUGUU